AAGAAUUUUGAUUUGAUCCAAAGAUUCCAAACAAAAACAUGCGAGUCAUUCAGUCUCUUCAGUCAUAAUAAUUCAUGAAAAAGGACAUUUUAUUAUAGGCAUAGUUUAAUGUGAAACAAUAUUGAGUAACCUAUUAUGAAAACUUGUGAAUCGUAAAACUUUUCUUGUACAUAUAGGCUAGCUUUUUGUUUUGUCCGUGUACGGUAAUGUAAUAAAUUCUUACUUAUGCAAAACUCUUACACAAAACGUUAAUUUCUAUUGUUGCAUAGUUGGUGAGAUAUUGGUUUUUGUUGAAUUUAUAGAAAUUGUUAAUAUUAUCAUUAUGGAUGGAAAUACUGUUUUAGUGGAGAAUCUCAAAUUGCAGGGGAUCGAAUAUGUGUUUGGGAUUGUUGGGAUUCCAGUGGUGGAACUUGGAAUGGCGAUUCAACAAGCUGGUAUGAAGUUCAUUGCCAUGAGAAACGAGCAAGCGGCCUGUUAUGCCGCUCAAGCGAUUGGCUAUCUGACCCGUAAACCAGCCGUUUGUCUUGUUGUCUCUGGACCUGGACUGUUGCAUUGCUUUGGGGGAAUGGCUAACGCACAAGUCAAUGGAUGGCCGCUGAUAGUAAUUGGUGGCUCUUGUCCUGAGGAUCACGAAGGCUUGGGAGGAUUUCAGGAAUGUCCACAGGUUGAGUUGAGCCGUCCCUACUGCAAGUAUGCAGCCAGGCCUGCCAGUGCGGCUCUCAUUCCACAGCAUGUCGAAAAAGCAUUCCGAUUAGCCACCUAUGGGCGUCCAGGGUGUUGUUAUUUGGAUUUCCCUAGCAAUGUCUUACAAAUGCAGACCUCACUCACUCAGAUAGUGACAGCUCAUAAGUGUCCAGAACCUCCUCUCAUCCAACCAAAUCCAUCCGCUAUCUCAACUGCAGUCGAAGCAUUGAUGCGAUCUGAAAAACCACUUGUCAUUAUUGGAAAAGGAGCCGCUUACAGUAGGAGUGAAGAGGCAGUGCGAGCGCUGGUGGAAGAGUGUCAACUGCCGUUCCUGGCAACGCCGAUGGGUAAAGGCGUCGUGGCAGACAGCUCGACGCUUUGCGUCGCGUCGGCGAGGACGCUCGCCUUGCAGCAAGCUGAUGUCAUUCUGUUGCUUGGCGCCCGGCUCAACUGGAUGCUUCACUUUGGCCGACCUCCACGCUACACUCCUCACACCUUCUUCAUUCAGGUCGAUAUUUGUGCAGAGGAGUUGAAUAACAGUGUGAAAGCGGGUGCAGCAAUUCUGGCUGAUGUUGGAAUCACGGCUGUUGAGUUGAGAAAGUGUCUACGGGCCAAGAGCUGGUCUACCAAUAAUAGCUCAAAAUACAAUUCUUGGUGGUCCAGCCUUCGUAAAAAGUGCGAGUCGAAUCAGCAAAUAAUCAAGGCAAUGUCCAUGGAUACGUCUACGCCUUUGAACUAUUAUACAGUGUUCCAUCAUGUUCAACAGUCUAUACCAAAUGAUUGCAUUAUUGUAAGUGAAGGUGCAAAUACAAUGGAUAUUGGAAGGACAAUGCUCUUUAAUAAUUUACCUCGCCAUAGGCUUGACGCAGGAACGUUUGGUACAAUGGGUGUUGGGCUUGGGUUCGCAGCAGCAGCCGCGCUCUGGUGCCAGGACAACGCACCUCACAAGAGAGUGUUGUGUGUCGAAGGUGAUUCUGCCUUUGGAUUUUCCGGAAUGGAAAUUGAAACCUUGUUCAGGUAUAAACUGCCAGUUAUAAUCCUGAUUGUGAAUAAUAAUGGAAUAUACAGUGGAUUGGAUAGUGAGACAUGGAAUAGUGUCGCAAGUAGUGGAAAUCUUCCCAGCUCGCUACCACCUACCAGCUUGUCUCCUUCUGUGCAUUACGAAAAGAUGGUUGAAAUGUUCGGUGGAAAAGGCUUCUUUGUCACUACCGUUCCUCAUUUGAUGUCUGUUAUUAAAGAAGCAUUCAAGAUUGUUGAUCAACCUACCAUCAUCAAUGUCCUAAUCAAUCCAACGGCUGACAGAAAACCGCAAUCCUUCAGUUGGUUAACUGAGUCAAAACUUUGAACCAUUCCUUUUCCCAACUUAGAAAUACUAUACAUCGUAUAUAAUAUUAUUAUAUGUAUUUAUUCAAUCAUUUUAACUGUGGUGUAAUGUUUUAAAAUGAAAUAUUAUGUAUAAUAUUUCCUAUACAUGUGAAAAUACAUAUAAAAAUAUUAUUUCCACAAAAACUUCCAUAUCCGCUUCCUUAUUUAAUAUAAAUAUUCAAAAUUCAAUCCAAAAAUUAAUUUAUUUCGCACAACAUAAUAAUAUUACAAAACAUUGUACCGGCUAAAAAUACAAAAUAAAAAAUACUAAUGAAAAUCUACUUUGAAAAACAACUUAUAUAUAAAAUGAACGCCGCUGAACAAAAUUUAUUGAUUGAUAUUAUUUAUAAUUAUUUUUAAAAACUUUAUUUUGGAGAAUCGUUUUUGCUCUACCAUUUUAUUUUUAAAUUCUUGUCUUCGUUGAAUAACGACUCAUUAUUCUUGCACACGAACUAAUCAACCAUGCAGGGUGUAUUUACUUCUAUUAUUGUUAUAUAAUUAUGUAUAAUAUAUUUCAGAUUACACUUAUAUUGAUUAUGUAAUGUACACAUUUUUGGAUAAAAUAAAUUGAAUAUUUUUCAAGUUG